AUGGAACCUAUAGAAUAUACCGUUAUUGAAGAUAUACCGGUGACCCCACUGGUGUUCCCCAACAACACCAGCGAGCAAGGAAAGCUACCGUACGAAGUAGACAUCAAAGAAGUUAUACGGAACAACAUAGUUUUCAAAGUGCACUCGCUGGUUUACACGUGUAACGAUUGUGAUCGUAAAUUCAACAACACCGGUAACUUUGAGCGCCACGUGAAAACUCAUCGAAACCGCCAACGAGCUUAUCCUUGUGAUGGAUGCAGCAAAGAGUUCACCUCGUAUGACAAAUAUCUGCAGCACAGGGACAGUCACAAUAUAACAUGUUCCAAAUGCCAACAAACGUUCAAAACUGCUACUCAGCUUGCGAUGCAUAGGCGCCAACAUCACGAGCAGGAUCGUCCGUUUAGCUGUGAUAAGUGUGAGAAAACGUUUCAAACAGUUGGAAAUCUCAAGCAGCAUAAUCGGUCACAUCAGGUUGCUACACACUGUUGUGAAUUUUGUCCCAAGACGUACAAGCGAAAGGAGGACCUGCUGAAGCACUACGAAACGCAUUGA